AUGUCGUUACCGAAACCCCCUUCGGCCUCGUCCUUGGACAGCUCAUGCUCUGUCAUUCAUGACAACAUACUGUACUCCUAUUCACCAAAUGGAUUCCUCAAGCUGCCUUUGGAGGAUAGCGCGAAAUGGACACAGCUUGACAUGGGAGUCAAGGUGACGGAUGGAACCUGCGUUGGGACGACUCCUCCCAAUGCUGCUGACGCUGCUCUCUUCAUUGUUGGAGGGACUUCGGACGAGGCUGGUUAUACUGGACUUCAAAAGUACACCUUUUCAACUGGCAACUGGACUACCAUCACGCCCUCGGUUCCCGUUACGCAGAACCGCUUGCACCAUGGAUCCACGUACAUCCCAGCUGACGAUGUGAUUCUGGUAUACGCCGGCAGUCAGGAUGGCAGCACCGGUCCUUCUUCGCAGACAUUCACCAUUCAGGCGUCCGAACCGUAUGCGGCUCUCUCGUUCCAAUCCUCCGCCGUACCGGCCGUUUCCCCUCUCGUCAUGCAGUGGUCCGCUGCUGAUGCCGCCAUGAUGAGCGGCGACGGCGUGGAUGGCAAGAUUUACUGGUUCAACCCCACUGCUGGAUGGAGAUAUUCUGGUGCGGGCGUCUUGCCGCCAAUUAAUACCGCCUCUGGCUCGGUGAAUGCAGCUCUGGUUUCGGGAGGCGAUGGGUCCAAGAACCUCUUCACGUUCGACCUGUCCAAGUCACCCAACUCCGUCACCCGUACCAUUGUGCAAGAUGCCACGGGCAACCCUCUUGCCGAUUCGGCCCCUAUAGCUGCACGUAGCCUCGAUGGCGAUGCUGCUGAGAGCAUUGAGAAGCGUGAUGCCCCGACCUUGACCAACUGGCCCGCGUACAACUCAACGCUUGCCCCGAAGGACACUCGAACAAAUUAUGCCAUGGCCCAGGCCCCUGACGGCACCGUGGUCUUUUCCGGUGGCAACGAUCAAGUCCCCCUGGCCAUCUUCAACCCCACUGACAAUGGCUGGGUCGACGCGCAGAAAGUCUUGGGCGAUGGUAAGCAAUCGAUCCAGGACCUCACGUCAACGUCGUCAUCGACCAAGACCAAGACGAGCUCCAGCUCGCGAACCAAGUCGACCACGCACUCCACCUCUACUACCCAUUCCGCCUCUACUACGCUCUCCGGCUCGACAACCUUUCCCUUCACCAGCGCUACUGCUACGCAGACGGCGGGCUUUGACCCUACAGACCUGUCUGUUCCCGCCAUCCCGACUGGUACCGGCAGCGCAAGCGAUGACUCUGGCCCCAGUACCAACGCCAUUCUCGGUAUUACACUUGGUGCCAUUGGAGGAUUCCUCGCGUUGCUCGGCCUCAUUCUCUUGCUCCUUCGUUGCCGCAGACGACAGAUGCUUCAUCCAGAAGCCGGAAAACCCAAGACUCCCCCAACUGAUGAGAAGAACACCGCAGCUUUCGCCGCACCGAGCGCGCAGAUUCGAGGCCACCAGCACACGGCGUCUUCGGAAUCGACCUCGUCGAUGGCUAUUCUUAUGGGCAGGGUGGGCCAGCACAAGCCCAAACAGCUCAGCAACGACUCCAUCAAGAGCAUGACUGCGCACAACCAGUUCAAGAGCACCAUUGGCAAGCCGGUUCUCCAGCCGCAGCAAGCCCCGAUUCUUCAGGUUCAGAAUGAAAAGGGCGACACAUUGGCCACUUCUGCUGAGCUCCGACCUCAAGAGGGUCUGGCUGGAGUGGACGAUGAAACGCGACGCAGCUCGGGUUGGAACAAGUACUGGUCAGGAGGAAGCGCGCUGCAAAUUCUAGGAUAUGGAGCUGCCCAGCCUUCUGCACAGACAACCGAGCAGCCAUCCGGCCAGGCGGCCGCUGCGCAGAGAAGCACCAUGGUAUCAGACCGAAGCUCUCAUUACUCCCAGGCGACAAACGUCCGCAACGUCAGGCAAACCCAAGACUCGGCUACCGUCCCGCCCCUCAACUUUGAGGCUCCCCCGGGGAUGAGCAGAGUUAACACUGGAAGCCCAGUGGUGUCACACUACCACGACAUCCCUUGGAAGGAAGGCAUGUCUGGCAAGAUCGAGCGACCUACGUCGACCGUCUCGGCAUUAUCAGCAACAUCGUCAGGCUAUUCCAGCGGCAUUCCCGAGAGCGUCCAGGAGUCGUGGGAUCCCACGCAUGCCGGCAAGGCGUGGGGAGUCGAUCGCGCCCCCAGCAGCGCAUACGCCCCCAGCAUAACCAGCGGACAGCCCUAUCCGCUGGGCGUGAGCAAGCAGCCUCAGCUCGCCACGGCGUCGACAUCGAAUGACAUGAGCUGGCUCAACCUUGGUGAUAACUCACGGGUAUGA